GAAGGUAGGUUUAGAUUAAACAUUAGGAACACUGCCGUUAUCAGACGCUUCUCUGGCUCUGAAAACACCAUCCCUUCAUCUGGAAAAGAUGAAUUACCCAACCACAUGGUCAAUGCUACAUCAAAGCAAGGAUUUUCUAUCUACAUAGAUGAACCCGAACAGAAAGAAAACUACAGCUGCCAAGCGGCUGAGGAGCUGGAGUCAAGCCUGUGUGAACUGGAUACUAGUGCAAUGAAAUCCAGUAUUCACCUACUGCUGGAUCUUAGUACAGGCUCUCCUAUGGUAGUGGACACAUCCUUCCAGUCCCAGCCUGAGGAUCACAUGGGAGAUUCCAUAACUUUGACUGUGGGAGAGUAUGCAGAAGACAUCCAUCAGUACCUCCGAGAGGCUGAAGCAAGAUUCAGGCCCAAGCCCUACUACAUGAGGAAGCAACCAGAUAUCACAACAGGAAUGCGUGCCAUCUUGGUAGACUGGCUGGUGGAAGUAGGGGAAGAAUACAAACUUCGGACAGAGACUUUGUACUUGGCGGUGAACUUCCUGGACAGGUUUCUUUCCUGCAUGUCCGUUCUCAGGGGGAAGCUGCAGCUUGUAGGAACAGCAGCAAUUCUUCUGGCUGCGAAAUAUGAAGAGAUCUACCCACCAGGAGUGGGUGAAUUUGUGUAUAUAACAGAUGAUACCUACACAAAGAGGCAGCUGCUAAAAAUGGAACACCUGCUUCUCAAAGUGUUGGCUUUUGACCUAACAGCCCCAACUGUCAACCAGUUCCUCCUUCAGUAUUUUCAGAGGCAUGGAGUCUGUAUGAGGACGGAGAACUUUGCAAGGUAUCUUGCAGAGCUGACUCUCCUUGAAGCUGAUCCUUUUCUGAAGUAUCUUCCUUCACAAACAGCUGCAGCAGCUUACUGUCUAGCAAACUAUACUGUGAACAGGUCUUUCUGGCCGGAAACACUUGCUGCAUUCACUGGGUAUUCAUUAAGUGAGAUAGUGCCUUGCUUGACUGAUCUGCAUAAAGUGUGCCUUGAUGCUCCCCAUUGCCAACUGCAAGCAAUUAAGGAGAAGUAUAAGCACUCAAAGUACCUGCAGGUGUCUCUUCUGGAACCCCCAGCAGUUCUUCCUCUACAAUAGAGACUGUAUCCUGGAUGUGGAGAAGACUUCCUCCCAGUCAGCAAAGCUGGCUUAAUAUUUCAUAGAGCACUGCAGGUCAUGUGUCUGUAACCAUAGUGAUCAAAAUGAUUUUUAGCUAGUAUUUUUUAAUUAGAUGCCUUUUCAAAAAAAGGAUAUUAGACUAUAGAUCUUAAUAUAACUGACAGCACUUUUAAUAAAUGUCUUAUUACACC